AUGUCAGUCGAAUACAAAUAUCAUCCAAAGAAACAAGCCACUAUCGUGACGGCACCAUUUUCAGGUGGACAACCAAAAGGUGGUGUGGAGUUAGGACCAGAAUAUAUUUUAAAGGCGGGAUUUCAAGAACAGCUUCAGUCGUUAGGGUGGAAUGUUGAAUUAGAGAACCCACUAGAAAGCACGAACUACGAGAAGAGUAAAAGCGAUGAUAAGGACGAGUAUGGGAUUAAGAACACCAAGAUUGUAAGCGAGUGUUGUGAAAAAAUUCACAACUCAGUCAAGGGUAUUGCAAAUAACGGCAGAUUGCCUAUAACUGUUGGUGGAGAUCAUUCUAUUGGUACAGCUACUGUGAGUGCCAUGUUGGCACACAAUCCAGAUACAUGCAUAUUAUGGGUGGAUGCACAUGCUGAUAUAAACACGCCUAAGACAACAGAUCUGGGUAACUUGCAUGGCUGCCCAUUGUCGUUUGUCAUGGGAUUGGACAGUGAUUCAUAUCCUGAAGAAUUCAGCUGGGUGCCCCAGUUGUUGAAGGCUAAUAAGAUUGCGUACAUAGGCUUGAGAGAUGUGGAUGAUGGAGAAAAACGUAUAUUGAAAGAAAAUAAUAUAGCAGCAUUCUCUAUGUAUCAUAUCGACAAAUAUGGUAUUGGCCAAGUUGUUGAUAUGGCGUUGAACAAAAUCAAUCCAGAUAGAGACUGUCCUAUUCAUUUAUCAUAUGAUGUUGAUGCGAUUGAUCCAUCGUUUGUACCUGCAACUGGUACUAGAGUAGAAGGUGGUUUGACAUUAAGAGAAGGUUUAUUUGUGGCCGAGGCAGUUGCGGAAACUGGAUUAUUGUCUUCCUUGGAUAUUGUUGAAACAAAUCCUUUAUUGGGUGAAAACGAUAAUCAUGUAUUAGAUACUGUCAGUGCUGCUUGUGCAAUUGGAAGGUGUGCUUUAGGUCAAACUUUAUUAUAA